UCCUCGCACCAAAUCACGAUGCGAGAGUGAUCGUAAUCGAAGCCGAAGCCAUUUUCUCAUAUUCGUCAAUUCGCAAUGUCUUUUGCUCUCAUCGAAGCUUGCAAGAAGCGAAAACGAUGGCCAAAAUUUUUCAGGUUUCAUUCAUUCGGUGACCCUGGUAUCCCAAUUGUACCUUUGGGUACUUUCCGCGAUAACGUUCGGGUUUUCCUUCAAGAAGCUGGAGAACCUGAAGAUUAUAGUGUCUCCGGGAAUCCCCUAUGGUGUACCCUUCUCAUCCAUGAUAAGUCCAACGUAAUGGCUCCUCUUUACACCGUCGAAGAGCACGUCUACCACUCUUCGCACCCCUUCUGCGAUCACUGCCGCUGCGUAGGUUGGAGUGGCCAUUUUGUAUCAAAGAGAAGGUAUCAUUUUAUAAUCCCGAUGGACAGUGGGUGGCAUAGGCCCUUAGAUGAAGAUUCUAUAGAUAGUCAGAGGCAUCUGUUGCAUGGGGUGAUUCAUUGCAAUGGAUAUGGCCAUUUGCUCUGUGUAAAUGGCAUUGAAGGAGGUUCCAAGGUUCUUAGUGGCAGAGAGAUUAUGGAUCUAUGGGAUAGGGUAUGUACCAACCUCCGAGUAAGGAAAGUUGCAGUUGAAGAUGUUUCGUGUAAGAGGUCUAUGGACCUUCGCUUACUUCAUGGAGUCGCCUAUGGACACUCCUGGUUUGGCAGAUGGGGUUAUAGAUUUUGCCGUGGAAGCUUUGGAGUGACAGAAUCAGACUACAAUGAAGCAAUGACAACGCUUGGCUCCUUGGAGCUAGACAUGAUUGCAAAAGAUUUGAGUAAGACAAAGUACAACAAAGAAAUCAAACAAAUGAUUCGGUGCUAUAGAGAUAUGAGUGAGACUCAUAUUAUCUCACUCAGGGAUCUUCUAAGGUUUAUGCUUACCGUAAAGUCUUCCCGUGCUCCAGCGCCUAAGACAACAGUCUCCUAUUCUGCCGCCGCCGCAGCUGCUGAUUCUACCUGUUCAGCAUUAAUGUCAAGAAAUUCAACCAAACACACUCUUUCAACCAGAUCAAAUUCCAUGAAGGAGAAAUCUGUUAGGUAUAAGAAGUUCAGCAAUGCAGUGACUAACAUGGAUAGUAGGUGGCCCACAAGAAGGCUAGAGUUUGCCGCUCAAGUGAUUGUGGACGCACUGAAAGAAAACAAGGCUGUUAAACCAGGCACAGGUGGGAUGGCAAGGCAAGAUGUGAGAGAUGCAGCUAGGCUUCACAUUGGUGACACAGGUUUACUUGAUUAUGUACUUAAAUCACUCAACAAUGUCAUUGUUGGAAACUAUGUUGUUCGUCGGAUGGUGAAUCCGUCAACUAGAAUUCUAGAGUACACAAUUCACGAUCUUGGCAACGGGUACAAAGCCCCUGAAUUGGAGACUGAGGUGAUGGCUUAUGUAGAUCAACAAGUUGUAGAGUCAUCUUGGGUGCCUGGUAACGAUGUUUACUGCGACGUACUGUUUUUGUACAAGAAUGUGCUAUUGGGCUACCCCGAUUCAGAAAUAGUGGACUUGGCCAUUCAGACAAUUCUAGACAGCAGAUAUUUCGUAAAAGAGUGGGCAGAGAGGGAUGAAAUAGAGGAGCAGUCAUUGACAUUCAUUUGCCGACUGCAACCAAAUUUUGUGGACAAGAAGUAUGAGUUGAAAGGUCUACCAUGUGGUGAGGUUGUGGUGGUUCCACUGCAUGCAACGGUUGGAGACUUGAAGAGGGCUUCUGAGGCUGCUCUUAGGGACACUUACUGCAUUGCAGAAAGGCUUAUAGUGACAGACAUUAAACAACUUAUGGGAGUAAGUGAUGAGGAAGUGCUGUUUGGACUAAUCCAGUCCGGUGUAGAACUUUGUGUGAGGGGAAUUGCCAUUGAUUUGUGCACCAAUUUGAAGUAUCAGGGUGGAUCUGACAACUGGAAGGUGAGAUGCGAGUGUGGAGCUCAAGAUGAUGAUGGGGAGAGAAUGGUGGCUUGUGACAUUUGUGAAGUGUGGCAGCAUACUCGCUGCUGUGGCAUAGACGAUUCUGAGACAGUGCCACCACUUUUUGUCUGCACUGGUUGCUGUGAUUCACUCGUACCCUCCAGGACCGAAUCAUCCUUUUGUUCAGAUUCUCCUGAUUCUUUUCUCAUUCCAGCAGACCCUUCUCUUAUACUAGAAUACGAGUAUAUGCGUGAUUAAACACUGUUGUAACAUAGUUGCUUAG